CUCAUGUGUUUGUUGACAUCCCGUCCUUCGUGUGCUGCCUCCACUGUCGUGCGGGCAAGAGAGAAAUAAAAAAUGGCCAAGUCCAAGAAUCAUACCAAUCAUAAUCAGAACCGCAAGGCUCACCGUAAUCCCAUUCGCCGUCCCAAGAAGCAAAAGCAUCCAUCUAUGCGUGGGGUUGAUCCCAAGUUCUUAAGAAAUAUGAAAUUUUCCCGCAAACACAACAUCAGUGGCAAGAGACAGCGAGAGAUUACGAAUCAAAGAGCAGCAAAGCGCGAGAAGCAUGCCGCUGCUAAUGCCACUGCUGCUGUGUAGCAAGUGACUUGGGAUGUCCUUCCUUUCAUGUACAAGUGAAAAAAUAAAUAAAGUUAGGGGGAUAUUU